UGCACGCCGAGAAAUUCCCCAAGUCGGUCGUCGUCCUUAUGGGCGUCUCUUUCCUCUUCUGCCUCCCCAUGAUUGGUCUGUCUGUGGUCAACUACGGCAUGCUCUCCAUCUGGCUCAAUGCCGCGGUCGCAUUCUUUAUCCUCGCACACCACCUCGCCUUCGGAAUCGUCGCAUGGAGAGGACGCAAGACCCGCGCCAACAAGACGAGGACCCUGAUGCUCGUUGUCUCUGACGAAGAGGCCUCGCAAGUCAUUGUGCCCGCUCCAGUCGCUUUCGAGCUCUGGAACAUCCUCAGCGUCGGAUUCCUCUUCAUCAUUAACUCGAUCGCGUUCGGUAUCAUGGUGGACAUCACGACGCGCGGACCGCUCAGCACCACGCUCAUCCAAGAACGCGUGGGUACCCACAAGUGGAACAUGAAGAUCCAGAUCGGACAGUCCGCUGUAUUGGGCACGGAACUGCUCGUACUGGGCACCAUGCUGGCAAUCUGCUGGCUGGGACGUAUGCGCGUCGCAGAACGGGAAGAGGAACUCCAGGAGGAGAUUGACUACGGCAUGGUCGAGUCCCCUCGGGAGGUGUGAG